AGCCGUCGGGGCCGCGUCGCAGCGUCCGCCUUUUGCUUUGUGGGGGGCGAGCCCUUCCCGACCGUGCUCCGAGAACCAUGGCCGCCGACCAGCCCAAGGUCGACUGGCUGGGCAUGCACGACAACGCCACGUCCUUCCUGUACAAGCAGGAUGGGGCCAAGGACGACUCGGACACGGAGGGCGCGGGCGGCAAACGCUUCCUGCCGCCGUCGAGGACGGUGAGGCACUGUCUUACCAUGUGCGACUUCACGAAGGAGGAGGUGGUCGACAUCAUCCGCGUGGCCAUCGCCAUGAAGAAGUCUAGAAAGAUCUUUAUGGAAACGGGCUUCGACCGAUUCUCGGACAUCCUGAAAGGCUUCUCCCUCCUGACCCUCUUCGAGAAGCCGUCGCUGCGCACGCGAGUGUCGCUGGAGGUCGGCAUGCAUCAGCUGGGCGGCCAGGCGAUCUUCUACUCGAUCGCCGACUCGCCACUCGGCAAGAAGGAGAGCAUCGAAGACACCGGGAAGGUCCUUGCCAGGAUGUGCCAGGGCAUUACAGCCAGGGUCGCGAGCCGCAAGGCGGUCCGAAGCCUGGCGGAAGUGUCCGACGUGCCCGUGAUCAACGCGCUCGACGAUUAUGCGCACCCGAUGCAGAUGUUCGCUGAUCUGCAGACCAUCGUGGAGUGCAAGGGCUCGUGGGACGGCCUCACCAUGUGCUACCUCGGGGACCUGGAGAACAAUGUCACUUACGACCUCAUGCGUCUCGCGGCUCUCAUGGGGUACAAUAUGCACCUGGCUGGGGCUGGCCAGGUGGAGGAGGGCGUCUGGACGGAGGUCAAGGCGCUCCAGGAGAAGUCUGGGAGCAAGGUGGAGGUGUUCAAGACCGCACAGGAGGCCGCGGCCGGCGUCGACGUCGUGUACUGCGACAGCUGGAUGAGCUACGGCAUCCCGAAGGAUGAGGAGAAGGCGAGGAUAGAGAUGUUCAUGCCGUACCAGGCGAACGCCGGGCUCAUGAAGUUGGCCAAGCCUGACUGCAUCUUCAUGAACUGCCUGCCCGCCGCCAGGGGCAUGGAGCAGACCUCGGAGGUAAUCGACGGGCCGCAGUCCGUCGUCUUCGACCAGGCCGAAAACCGGCUGCACGCGCAGAAGGCCCUGCUGACCUUCCUCAUGGCGCGAAAGAAGUUUGACGAGAUCGUUGCGGUGCCAGGACUUCCCAAGAGUGGAAAGAGCUGAGGCGCACGCGGCAGCACCGGUUAGUAACCGGAGGAGCGCCAGCUGAGGCUUCGGGCAUCCCUUCCGUUCUCCUCCCUCCUCC